UUGAUCCAAUUUAAACAUAAAGCAUUUUCAGGAACCGGAUCGUUUGUGCCAUUCUUCAUCACUCGUCAACCAGCCACAUCAAUUGCUGUACAAACACAGUCAACGCCAGUUCCAUUAGUAACCCCUUUCCUAGCGACCAGCUGGGAGCCAGAAUUUCUGAAAACACAAACUGCACUGCCAGUUGAAAUUCCUGAAGUGACACCAACAGCAAGUGUACUUCGACCCGAGACAGACGGUCGAAAGGACCCUGGAGGAUUAGGAUUUGUUGGCCCACAGCCACAACCUCAGCCACCAACGCAGCGACGUCAUGUAAUUAAUCCAUCAGGCGCUGGAAUGAUAAUAGGUUUAAUUACCAAAGGAAUUUCACAGUUUGCUGGCGGUGGAUGGGAUGCAGGUCCAAGCGCUGUUACCGAUGGUGAAGCUGGCACCAGCUUUUUAAACCAAAUACCUCAGUUUAUUCGCUCACUACAACCUGUAUAA